AAAUAUUUGAGUGAUUUGAGGAAGGAAUGCUCAGCCAAAGGUCCUUUUCACGCGUGAAGUUGGAACUUAUCUCGAAGGUUAAGGUCAAGUUGGCGUCUUGAGGUGGACCAUACCUUUCCUUUAGGGCUCAAUCUCUCUCAUUAUCCAUAACCGAACUCGCCGCCACUGCACUUUUGGAAAGUGGGACUCCGUUGUUCCGAUUCCUAUCGCCUUAUCCGGUAAAAUGCAAGGAGCUCUUCAUUCAUUUCUAUCACGUGGAAGCAUCAUAAAAAAUGCAGUUAUUCAGCACUUCCGGCUCGCAAAUCCCCUGAUCCAACCUGUCAUAUUUUCCCGCUCUCACUCAGUAACAUCUGCUCGCAUAGAAGAGCAUGGUUUUGAAAGCACUACAAUUGCAGACGUUUUGAAAGCAAAAGGUAAAAAUGCUGAUGGCUCUUGGCUUUGGUGCACCAUGGAUGACACUGUUUAUGAUGCUGUUCAGUCGAUGACCCAGCACAACGUUGGAGCCUUAGUGGUGGUUAAACCUGGAGAGCAGAAAUCAAUUGCAGGAAUCAUAACAGAGAGAGAUUAUUUAAGGAAAAUCAUAGUACAGGGAAGAUCGUCCAAGUCGACCAAGGUUGGGGAUAUUAUGACCGAAGAGAACAAGCUUAUCACAGUAACACCUGAUACGAAAGUUCUGCGGGCUAUGCAACUGAUGACAGAUAACCGAAUCAGGCACAUUCCAGUCAUUGAAGGAAGUGGGAUGGUAGGCAUGGUGUCCAUAGGAGAUGUGGUCCGUGCUGUGGUGAGUGAGCAUCGAGAGGAGCUAAACCGCUUGAAUGCUUUUAUACAAGGAGGCUACUAGAUGAUGACGACAAUGGUGAUAAUGCUCUCGGAACAUGAUGUCAAAUAUUGCCUGCUCCUUGAGCACUAAUAAGCUUAAGUUCUUGUAAAUAUGGUGUGCUGCGUGCAAUUUCUGUUUUAUGGUUCUUGGUGUUUCAGAAGACAAAAUACCUGCAUAAGGUCGACAAGCUAAUAAUAAGCAAGGGAAUGUUGCCUGAAA